UGGAAGUUCAACACAACACUAAAAGGAAAGUAGCUCUUGGAUGCACAGAUCUAGUGGAGAAUAGCAUAAACUCAAACUUUCUUUACCCUCUGAUUUCACACUUGAAGCUCAGCUCUUCAAUCUUCAAACCCAGAGAGCAUUCAGAGCGAUCAACACUAAGAGUGAAAAUGUCAUCGUCAGAGCUGCUGCCCCUUCCUUGGCUCAUCGAAGCGAGCACCUAUAAUGUGAAAAUUGGCAACGACACUGUCAUCACAACAGUUGCUGAUCGUGAAACUAUUGUCAACAGUAGCAUCUCGGAACUAAAGAGUGAAUUGAAGAGUACUCCAAAUUCAUUUGUUGGAAUUGAUGUGGUAAAUAAUGGAGAUUUAUUGAUGUUUCAUGUGAAAAAACGAUGCCUAAUAAUUCAAUUUAAGCGCAUGCUGGUCUUGGAUAAUCAAACUGAUAUCUCCCAGUCUCUUCAGGAGUUCCUGUGUGACAGAACUAUUACUUUUAUAGGUCCUAGAAACAUAAGCCAGAAAUCUACUCCGUCAUAUAUAUCUGGAAGUAGCGGCAGGAAAAUAGAAUUUACUAGAAUUGUGGAUGUUGGUUAUUUGGCUGGCAAGCUUUUGAAGAAGCCAAAGCUGCUGAGUAGUACACUAGAAGAGGUGAUGGCUGAAGCCGACGUUGAUAUUAAGAAGCCUGUCAUUAGUGAAGACUCAAUACGUCCUAAUUGGCAAUCGUCUUCUGUUCUUUCGGAGGAGGAGGUCAAAUUGGCGAUGUAUGAAGUCCAUUCAUGCUAUCAAAUUGCAAGCAAGCUUAUUGAUGCGACAAGUGCAAGUGUGAGCAUGCAGUAAGACCGAUUCAGCAGAACAACUCAAAGAUAAAGGAAGUAUCGUUAAGUAACCUUUGUUCUGUAGUUGUUAUUUAUAAUGCCGUUAUCCAAACUGCUUUUUUAAGUCUUAGUUCUGUAAUAUCAUAUGAUAUUGUUUUUUUAAGACUUUAAACUGAAAUGAUUGUUAGUAAUUUUCUCAAU